AAAAAUCAUUGGAGUACACGUGUCCAAGCCGUCAUCAGGGUUAUUUCCAUUUGCAAUGUAUUUGAAAAUUUAGAGGCCUGAGCUUAUUUUUCAUCUCCGUGUUAUUGAAAACCUUCAUUGAGGAACAAAAGUAUGAUAUGUUAUCGGUCGAAACCAGUAAUGAGCGACGUUGUGUUUUAUUCAGGUGGCUAUAAUAAUGGGAAAAAUGAAUUCCGGCAACGUGUAGUGCCUAGAAUAUUGGAACCGGCGAGAAACAUCUGGCAACGUUACGUUACGUUUCCAGUCGCGUUCGCUGCAUUUGGAUGUAUCUUGAUAUUACGUGUCAUUGAUUUUUUCUCUUUUACGCUGGGUUGUAGAUAUUAAUAUAGAAGGUUUGAAUUGAUUUUUAGCUUCUUUGAUAUGGGCAUAUGGAUAUUUUGAUGUGUUUAAAGGGAUAGAAUACCAUAUUUCAACCCAAGUCGCAGCCACUUCUGGUGUUUGAAACAUAACAAGAAUUUUCAACGUUUGCUGCCUAUCCUCAUUUUAUAAACCUUACAAUUUUCAACCCCUAAAAGUCGCGUAUGGAACGGAAAACAAACCCUUGCCAACAAAGGCAUCUAUUGACCCCUUUACAAAAGACGAGAGAAGCAAAAAAGACCACUUAUAAGGCUAUUGAAUGUUUUUAAAAGAACGAACUCUCCCUCAUCGGCCAUCAUGAGAACCUGUCCUUGAGAACCUAAACAUGGAACACAUUGAGGAGAAUUGAGAGGAAAAAAUCGCUCCUAUGCCUCUUCUGCCCGCCUGACAGCCUGAUCAGCGGCGAGAAUUGAAUCAGCUUGAGACAUGGAGGAGGGCCUCCUGUCAUUAAAGUGGAACAACCACAAAUCCACAUUCUUCCAAGUCCUCUCCAUCUUAAGGGAAAAGCACACGUACACAGAUGUGACAUUGGCCUGUGAUGGGAGACUAUACCCAGCCCAUAAGUUUGUGUUAUCAACGUGUAGUGAGUACUUCAGUGACAUCUUCACUUCCACGAGUGGCAACAACAUUGUCAUUGUACUUAAAGAUGUAAGGAGACAAGAUCUUGAAUAUUUGCUAGACUACAUGUACCUUGGGCAAGUUGACGUUGCUCAGUCUGAAUUAUCGAGCCUUAUAAAAACCGCCGAGUGCCUUAGAAUCAAAGGUCUAGCCAUACCAGAUGAUGAGCCACAGAAGACGCCUAGAAGAGUGGCGGAGGAGCGGGAGAGGGAGGGGAGUCCCCCUGUCAAGAAGAAAAGACACUUAGUAGAUGAAGACAGAGGAAAUAAUUUAUCAAGUAACAGUAGUGCAAGUAGAUUACCCCAUCUCACCCUCCCGCCUCCCUCCUUGCCCCCCCCAUCGCAACCCCAGCCAGCGCUGUUGCAGAGACUCCAGCAACAGCCCACCUUGGCACAACCUCCACAACCUCAGUCCUCGUCACAAGCCGGCGGCAGCAAGAGUCAUGUGCCUCCGCUACCCCAGUCCGUAGCCACACCCCCCCAGACCCCCAGGACACCACAAGUUCCCACAAGCCCCUUACCUCCCACCUCGGCGCACCAAGUGCACCCACCUAUCUCGUCACCCACUCAGUCAUCCAGCGCAUUGCCCGUCAUCAAGCAGGAGGUUGCCGAUCCCCCUGAGGCCCCUGAAGUCUACAUGAAUGAGGGCUACGACGAGCAGGAGACUAAGCCGGAUGUCUCGGAGGCGGGGCACCUGGAGCAAGACCUCGCAGUGCCAGGACCCUCGGGACUGCAGGGGCCCCCUGAAAAUUGGGAUGGCGACAACGACCUGGCAGGCUUCUCUGGGGGCGACGGCUACCCGGAAGGCCGCAUGGAGGAAGCUGGCGACUCUGAGGUUCAGGGGGUGGCGGACUUGGAGAGGAAGUACAAGUGCCGGUGGUGCGGGAAGGGCUUUAGACUCUCCGUCCAUCUGAAGGAUCAUGUAAGGACCCACACGGGGGAGAAGCCCUAUCAGUGCCAAAUUUGCCAAAAGGAUUUCACACAGCGAUCUAAUCUGAGGACGCAUCUCAACAAGAUCCACAAGGAACAGCUGGCAUACGUUAAAAAUCGGAAGGGUCGGGUAGCCAAGUUUCCUGUCAAACAUGACUAUAUCCCUAGCCUGGUGUCCACCAGCGUUAGCGGUAGCCUCACUCACCCAGCCGGCCCGGAGAUGAAGAAACUCUUCAGCCAGACAGACCCCAAACCUAUUCUUCCCAAACCUCUUGGUGCUGAGCCUCCUAUUAUGCCUUUCCUCUCCAAGGAGACUGUUAAUUUCUUACAGAAAGAUGAGUUGACAGUUUUGUACAAAGAUGUCAGUUCUAAUUCAGAUCCAGAGAGAAAAGUAACUGUACCCCAGCUAGUUCUGCAACAGUCUGGACAUGAUACAGAGUCACAAGCAUUCCCGGUGGAUCCUUAUGUUAUAGAAUUAGACAGUAAUUCAACUCCUAACAAAGACCCACCUCUGCAGCCAAUCAUUACUCCAGAGGCUGCUCUUCAGUCACCACAGAAGGAGACUCUCUUGAAGGCUCUUCUACUAAAGGGCUCCUCUGUGUCAUCUGUGUCACCAGGAGAUGUCAGUGGAGUGAUGCGUCAGAUGAUUCCUUCAUCCCUGGCAUCUCCAUUGACACCAACACUGGUGCAAACCUCUUUUACCUCCACCUUGGUACAACAUCCACCUUCUGUACCUUCAUCACUCAGUUCACCCUUAUGUAGUCCUGGAGAGGAAUUAGUACAGCCUAUAUAUGUAAUGGACUCUUCCAAAGGCUUAUCUCCAGUUUUGCGCUUUCCUCGUGACAUAGCAGUGUCUGGUACGAGUCUUAUCAAUCCAGGUGAGAAAGGUGAAUCCUUUGUUGUCAUAGAGGCCUCUGGAGUGGCACCUCAGGAAGGUGUCCUGUCAACCUCCGACUCUCAAGAUCAGCCUCAGAUUUCAGAAGAAAUGAAGAUACUCUUGCAAGCUAUACAGAUUCGAGACUCCCAAGAUCAGAGCCAAGGAGGCUCUCCUGGAAGUCCGUUAAAAACCAAUGUUCCUACUUCUACUCCUGUAUCAUCAUGUGGGCCUGUCCUCAGUCAUACACUAGCUGUACCAACUCCCUCAGGUCCCCACACUCCCACAGACACGGCACUCCGACAGCGCAUCUCUCGCAUGCUUCACGACAAAGAUUCAACUAAAAAGAAAAGUCCCAGCCAAGCUCUGACUCCCAAGAAAAGCAAUCACUGUCCUGAGCUGCCACAGAAGCUGAGUCCUGUCAAGGAGCAAGAAUCAGUUCUUGUUCAUGCCAAAUCAACGCCAGAAAAAGGAAGGCCAUUACCUCUUCUACGACAGUUACCAACAUUACAAGGGUCUAACCCUGUUCCUCCUUUGCCUCCAUUGUCUGUUCCCUCCUCUCCCACUAGUGUCCCAGUCCCAUUAACAGUGUCUGCAUCUUCAGAAAGAAGGAAACCAAGUUUUCAAGCACCACCAAACAAGACAAAUUAUAAAACUAAUGAUAAAGCAGGGGAUAAGGUGAAUGUAAAGACCAGAGGAAGUAGUGACAGUGAAUCAGUGCCUGACUCUAAGUAGAUAGUUUAAUAGAUGUUUCAUUUUCAGUUCAGAAGUGAACCAGAUUUCCCAGUCUUGUUACAUGUCUUAUAGGAAGUGCAGAUCUUAUUUCUGUUCUCUUGUGCCUUCCUCUUUCACAGUGCAAUGAAUGCAUGUUAGACCUCAAUAUUUCCAACUCGUUUGUCAAGAGACACUGAGGACUUAUUCUCGCAAACACAUUUUUACAUGAAUUGAAAGCACACUUGGGUGAAAAGGAGAUAUCGCUCACAAAUAACAGAUUCUAAGACUAAAGACUUAGUGCAGUGCUAAACCAUACUUCAGCUAGCUUUAUUUGUACCUACCCUGUUGCGUUUUGUGCCUUAAAAAAAAUCUUUACCACAGGCUUACUUUUUGCCUGCAUAUAUGAUGGAUUCACAAGUUUGAGCCACUUGAGUUGCUUAGAGGCAUCUCGUGUGUUUAUCCCAUGCACAGAGAUGAAGUCGACAACUUAAAGUAAAGUGCUCGGAUUUGUUACUGUCUUGCCUGCAUAUAUGAAGCUGUUGCUCAUAAACAUUUGUUGCCUGAGAGGAGCCUUAAACUUGCCCAUCUUGACUUCAUUGUAUACAUGUGCUUGCUUGGUGAUUAAUGUAACCCAAGUUUUUAUAGUCUACAGAACAUAUGACACAUAUCCUAACAACAAGCUUUGUGCAGGAAAUCUGAAAUGAACCCUUGUCCCCACACUUUAUUGGACAGUUUAUGCAUGGUAUUUGUUGUCAAUGUUUGGUAGAAUGUAUUUUUAAGUCUAGUGGGGCAAAUUUUUUGUUUGAUUAUUUUCAUGAAUGGCAAUGCUUAUGAGUUGAAAUUGUCGUGAAAUUUCUUUGAAAAUUUGUGACGGCUAUUUGAUUAUUCAAAAAUUGGUUGUUAAUAUUGUUUAUAUUUAAUAAUGAUUAUGUUUUGAUGCUAUCUUGGUAUGGCUUUAGUCUUGAAGGGAGAAUAAGACUUAAUUAAUAUUCUUGAUAGUGUGAGUGUUUUGUGUUAAAAGAAGAAAAUGGGAAACUACCAAUCAGAUCUGUUGCGUACCCUGCUAGGCUAUUCAUGCAUGUGUUACCAGUGAAGAGUAAUUGUGCUAUUGAGUCUUUGUGAUCGAGAAUCACAUUGUUGAUAUAUUCUUCUUUGGCAAAACUUCAGUUAGUCAUAUGGUCAUUUAGUCAAACAUGAAUAUUUUCCCCUGUCUCUUUAAUAUUUUAUUCUUAUCAUUGCUUUUAGAAGUGCUUGAUGAUAACCCUUUUGUGAUAUGUAAUUAUGUCUUGUGAAUAUUUUAUAUUGUUGACUCAGUCUUCUGUAAACCAAUUUCUUUUAUGAUUGCACUGCCUCUUUCAGCCAAAUUUUUAUAAACGGGUUCUAAUCAACUAAGGUCAUAUCACCAAAACAAAUAAACAAACAAACAACAAACAAACAAACCAACAAAUAACAUACCUAGAAAAACUUUUUAUUUUUU